AUGGCCAGGUUCAAUAGACCAGCAAUCUUGGUGCUAGUGCUCACGCUACUGGCUUUUACUACUUAUUAUGUCUUUGAACAACAAAAAUAUAGCUUAUCUGACUUGUCCUCAUUUCUAGAAACUAUGGAUAUCGGUUCUGUUGGUGGUCAAGGUGCUCCAGCUACUCAACCAAAGGGUAAGAUCACUAAUAACAAUGACCCUGAUAUACUACAGAAACACAAGAUUGAAAUUCAAGUUAAUGAGUUGUUGCAAAAGAAGUUGGAAAAUGAAUUGAAAUAUGAAAGGGAAUCAAUGGAUAAGAAGAAUAAACAACUUCAAGAACAGAAUGAAGCCUUGAGAAAAGAAAAAACAAAAUUUGAACAAGAGAAUAAAAGUUUAUCGUUAAAAGUUCAAGAAGCUGAAAAGGGGAAACCUGUUACUGUUUAUAAAAGGGAACGUUAUUCUGAAGAACCAUCAUUCAUUAGGAAAACAUUCACUUUCAAGACAAAUCCUGAAUUCUCACCAGAUGUUGUCAUUGAUGGUGAUAAGAAUGAAGUUGUCAUCUUGGCUUCAAUUAUUGAAAAAUUCGAUCAACAAGGUCAGCCAUUCCAAAGAUUUUUGAAAUUGUUACAAUCAAUCGAAUAUCCACAUUAUAAAACUUCAAUCUCUUUAUUAAUCAGUGAUAAUGAUGAAUUUAAAAAAUUUGAUGAAUUUGUUACAGAUAUUUUCAACAAGAUCGAAGAAGUUAAAGACACUUCACUUUUAAAAGAUUCCUUCUCCAAAAUCACCCUAAUCAAUGCUGAUUUCAUAGAGAGUCAAUUCAAAGUGGAUAAAGGAUUAAGACAUGAUCCAAGAGUGCAAAAGAAACGUCGGAAAUUACUAGCCCAGAUUAGAAACUUUCUAGUCUUCAACGGUAUAGGUUCUGAAAUUUAUUCAUUGGCUCUAGACUCAGAUGUCAUUGAACUUCCAAAAAACAUGUUGGAAACAUUCAUCGAAUCGAAAAAGGAUAUCGCCACAAUCAGAAUCGAUAUCAAGAACCACGAGGGGAAAGUGGUUCAUCAAGAUUAUGAUUUAAACUCAUGGGCUGGUGAUAGAAGAGUGCCAAAUGCUGAACAAGAUGCGAAAUUGGAUACAGAUCCUGAUUUUUUUUAUGAACCAGGGCCAGGUCCAAAUAAUAUCCAAUUUAGUCAUAUUGAUAAAAACCUUGAAAAAUUCGGUAUCAAUAAAGAUGAUCCAAAAGCUGCGAUUGAAUUGAAUUCCGUGGGUGGUGCUGUGUUGUUUGUCAAGACUGAGGUCUUUAAGCAGGGGAUCAUGUUCCCACCUUUCUAUUUAAUUGGUACGAAAUGGAAUAGAAAUGAUGGGUUUGAUGGUAUUGAAACUGAAGGUUUAUGUUAUCAGGCAAAGACCAUUGGUUAUAAAUGUUGGGGGUUCCCUAAUUUAGUUGGGUUCCAUGCUGUUGGUUGA